AUGAGUAACGAAGGAGAAAAAGCCAGAGUCUCCGGCGAGGUCUCUCGCCCAGAGCCUACCCUGCCCACCGUCAAUCCCGCCGCUGAGAAGUCGGAGCCUCCCAAGCCUACCUUCCACCCUGCCGUCUAUGUGAGUGUCUGGAUUGCUUUGAGUUCCAGCGUCAUCCUGUUCAACAAGCACAUCCUGGAUUAUGCCCAAUUCCCUAUCAUCUUGACAACAUGGCACUUGGCAUUCGCGACUUUCAUGACUCAAGUUCUCGCCCGCACAACAACUCUGCUCGAUGGCCGCAAGACUGUGAAGAUGACUGGACGGGUCUACCUGCGCGCUAUUGUACCUAUUGGUCUUUUCUUCUCCCUGAGUUUGAUCUGCGGUAACGUGACAUACCUGUACCUGAGUGUUGCCUUUAUCCAGAUGCUGAAGGCAACAACUCCGGUCGCUGUGUUGCUCGCUACCUGGGCUAUGGGAAUGGCCCCCGUCAACCUGAAAGUCCUCUUCAACGUCGCUAUUAUCGUCGUCGGUGUCGUCAUUGCCUCGUUUGGUGAGAUCAAGUUCGUCUUUAUCGGUUUCCUGUUCCAGAUCGGCGGUAUUGUUUUCGAAGCCACCCGUUUGGUCAUGGUUCAGCGCCUUCUCAGCUCUGCUGAAUUCAAGAUGGACCCUCUCGUUUCCCUGUACUACUUCGCUCCUGUGUGCGCUGUGAUGAACGGUGUCACUGCCCUGUUCGUUGAAGUACCUAACCUGACUAUGGGCCACAUCUACAACGUUGGUGUCUGGACCUUGCUGGCCAACGCUGUUGUUGCCUUCCUGCUCAACGUUUCCGUCGUUUUCCUGAUCGGAAAGACUUCCUCCCUUGUCAUGACCCUGUGUGGUGUACUGAAAGAUAUUCUUCUUGUCGCUGCAUCGAUGAUGAUCUGGCAGACUCCUGUUACCCCUCUCCAGUUCUUCGGUUACUCGAUUGCUCUGAUCGGUCUGGUCUACUACAAGCUUGGUGGCGAUAAGAUCAGGGAGUACGCUGGCCAGGCCAACCGGUCCUGGGCCGAGUACGGUGCCAACCACCCCGCUCAGCGCAAAUCCAUCAUCAUCGGUGCCGUUGUUCUCAUCUUCUUCCUGCUGAUCGGCUCCAUGGCGCCCAGCUACGCUCCCGAGUCUGUGGACAAGGUCAAGGGCAUGCUUGGCGGCGCAACUGCUGGAAAUGCCUAA